UGUAAACAUUCGAAACUAAACAAACCAUUCUUUUAUAAAUUUAUCGCCAAGAUUCUCGUCCGAUCUCUUAUUUCUUCGUUAAAAACCAUACCUCACAGCAACUAGAUGAAUAUUUAUCAUUGAGGUCUGGGAUUUCACUCACGAGAACGAAUAUAAUAAGCAGAAUUUGAGACCGAAAUUAGAGUCAUGAUUUCAGACUAAAAAAAUUUUUUCUUCCUCUAAAAUGGCUUCUACAAAUGAUCAGAAUAGCGAAUCUGCGGCAUUGCUUGAUCCAACAGCUUCAAUAUCCUCACUUCGUCCCACAGAACCAGAACAAGAAGCUGUCACAGAAGAUUUAGACCUUAAAGUUUAUCCGCAAAGAUGGUAUAUUCUCGGUUUGUUUACGUUGUUUAAUGCRACUACAAAUCUUUUGUGGAACACGUGGCCCCCUGUUCAAGAGACUUGCCAACUCGUUUUUGGUUGGGACAAAAAGAAUGUCUUGAUUAUUGGUGCUUUACAAGCUGUGGGAUCCAUUAUUAGUGUCGUUCCUUCGUCGUGGUUUCUUGAUACUAAAGGCCUGAGGGUUGCAGUUCUCUGUUCCCUUACUCUUCAAGUUGUUGGUGUUCUUUGUGAAGUAUUUCCCAUCCAUCCCUUUUGGCUUCGAACGAUCUUCAUAACAAUUGGUGAAUUCCUCAUCUCGGUGGCAGCACCAGCAGUACAAAAUGUAGGAGUCGUUGUACUCUCUGCAACAUGGUUCCCUCCUAAUGAAAGAAUGACAGCAACAGCUAUAGCAACACUUGCGUCAUACCUUGGCUCCGCAAGCAGCUACAUCAUGGGUCCAUAUAUAGUUCCAGAUGUUGACUACGGAAACAUAACAUACACAAAAGGAAGAAAAAUCGACAUUGAUCUACUUCGCAACAUGACAUCACAGGCACACCUUAACUACCUCGAGUCUAAAAUCAAUGAAUAUAUCCUUGCCGAGUGUGUUAUCAUUGGUAUACUCUUCUUCGCUGCAAUGCUAUAUUUCCCGGCCAAACCUCCUAGCCCACCAAGCAAAUCGUCAGCAAUGCAACGUUUUGACUUCUGUUCUGGAGCGAAAAAUCUAUUCAGAAACUCUCAUUUUUGGCUUUUGCUUGUGGUGUUUAGUGUAAGCAAUGGCGUAAGUUGGGGAUGGUCAAGCGUGCAGGAUCUGAUAUUUUCUCAUGUUGGUAUUAGUCAGAAAGCAGCUGGUUGGCUUGGAUUUUUUGCUAAUAUUGCCUCUCUUCUUGGUAUCAUCUUUUCUUGGUACACAGACAGAAUGAAACGUCACGCCAAACUCAUCCUUGUUGGUUUAUUUAUCACCACUUCAUGUGCUCAGAUGGUCUUAACCCUAGCAUGCGAACAAAUCAUUCCUUUAACCAACACAGUAUUCUACACCUCUGGAAUCCUACAAGUGGUUCUAUUUGGUGGCACAGUCCCCUUAAUCAUGGAAAUCGCUGCAGAAUGUGCAUUCCCAGUUGCCGAAGGAAUAACAUCUGGGGUGCUGAUUUUAUCAGUCUAUACCAUCAACUUCUUUUUCUUUCUGGGCUUCAUGUUUCCACAAGCUAGUCCAUUGUGGAUGAAUUGGCUGCUGGUCGGAUCUUCAAUAUUUUGUAUCCCCCUGAUUGCAUGUUAUCGGGGAACCAAUAAUAGGCUUGAUGUGGAUCUUAAAAAAAACUAACUGAGUACAUGCAUGCCAAAAAAAAAACGUUUUUUUCCUAGAGUGAUUUUUGAUCGCCUGUGAAAGAAUAGCAAGAAAAAAUGAACUAAGAGAAGGAAUCCCCCCUAUAUAGCCUUGUAACCAUCAUAUGCACAGUUUGAUGCUAUUUUUAAACGAUUUGUUUUUCUGCGCGCGCUCUACGCUGUUUCCUCUUUUUUGGUGGUUCUCCGUUAUUUCGCGCGACUCUCCACACUGAAUAUGAAUGUGCACGUCGAAAGCUUGGCAAAUACGACAGGAAAUUGAAGUAGUAAUUUGUUCAACUUUCUGGAGUAUUUUUACAUUUAUUUUCCAAAGCUUUCGACCUACAUCGUCAU